AAAUGACUUUAUCAUCUAAAAUGAAUGACGGAAGACGCACAACCCAGGCCCAUGGAAAAGCCUUCCAAGAUAAAAGCAAACCAAAGGAUAUUCGUAGCAGUAAUAUUCAAGCUGGAAAAGCUGUCUGUGAUGCUGUCAGAACAAGUUUGGGUCCUCGUGGCAUGGACAAAAUGAUCCAAGCAUCAAAUGGAGAAGUCACAAUUACCAAUGAUGGUGCUACAAUUCUCAAUGAAAUGAAUGUCAUUCAUCCAGCAGCUAAAAUGUUGGUUGAAUUGUCAAAAGCACAAGAUUCAGAAGCUGGUGAUGGUACAACAAGUGUUGUUGUUAUUGCUGGUGCAUUAUUAGAAGCUGCUGAACGUCUUUUAUUAAAAGGAAUUCAUCCAACAUUAAUAAGUGAUGCAUUUCAAAAAGCAGCAUUAAAAGCUGUUGAAAUAUUGAGUUGGUCAAUGGCUAUACCAGUUGAUUUAAGUGAUACUGAAUCAUUAAUAAAAGCAUCAGCAACAUCAUUAAAUUCAAAAGUUGUAUUUCAACAAUCUGGUUUAUUGGCACCAUUGGCUGUUGAUGCUGUAUUAAAAAUAACUGAACCAGGAAAAGAACAAGCAACUGAUCUUAAAGAUAUUAAAAUAAUAAAACAACUUGGUGGUACUGUUGAAGAUACUGAAUUAAUUGAGGGUCUUGUAUUUACUCAAAAAUCAUGUAAUAUUAAUGGUCCAAAACGCAUUGAAAAAGUUAAAAUUGGUCUUAUACAAUUUUGUAUAUCACCACCAAAAACUGAUAUGGAUCAUAAUGUUGUUGUAUCUGAUUAUUCAGCAAUGGAUCGUGUACUUAAAGAAGAACGUGCAUAUAUAUUAAAUAUUGUUAAACAAAUUAAAAAAUCUGGUUGUAAUGUAUUACUUGUACAAAAAUCAAUAUUACGUGAUGCAAUUAGCGAUUUGGCAAUUCAUUUUUUGGAUAAAAUUAAAGUUAUGGUUAUCAAAGAUAUUGAACGUGAAGAUAUUCCAUUUGUAUGUAAAACACUUGGUUGUCGUCCAAUCGCAUCAAUUGAUCAUUUUACAGCCGAUAAUUUAGUUAGUGCUGAAAUGUGUGAAGAAGUACAAACUGGUGCAUCAAAGUUUGUUAAAAUAACUGGUAUACAAAAUCCAGGACGUACUGUUACAGUUGUUGUACGUGGUAGUAAUAAACUUGUUCUUGAAGAAGCUGAACGUUCACUUCAUGAUGCAUUAUGUGUUAUACGUUGUCUUGUUAAACAACAAGCUAUGAUUGCUGGUGGUGGUGCACCUGAAAUUGAAUUGGCAUUAAAAUUAUCAGCUUAUGCACAAACACUUGGUGGUGUUGAUGCAUAUUGUAUUAAUGCAUUUGCAAGUGCACUUGAAAUAAUUCCAUCAACACUUGCUGAAAAUGCUGGUUUAAAUCCAAUAGCAACUGUUACUGAAUUGAGAAAUCGUCAUGAAAAAGGAGAAGUUACUGCUGGUAUUAAUGUACGCAAAGGAAUGAUAACAAAUAUACUUGAAGAAAAUGUUGUUCAGCCACUUUUAGUAUCAACAUCAUGUAUUACACUUGCAUCUGAAACUGUACGCAGUAUUCUUAAAAUUGAUGACAUUGUCAAUACAAUGCAGUAAAUUAUUUCUUUUCUUUUUUUUUUUCUUACUUAUUUUGAAUAAUAAUAAUAAUAA